AUGAACGCCAGGAAGUUGAGCAGUGAAGUCUGGACCAAACCUCGGACUGAUUCUCCACCUCUGAACAUUCGAUUACGAGUUGGCAAGGCUCGCCGCGCUCAUCCUUACUGGUACGCUCGUGUCAUUGGCAUCUUCCAUUGUCUGGUUCGGCAUCGAGGUUUGGAUGGUUCGGAUGGAGACUUCCAGCGUGUAGAGUUCUUAUGGGUACGCUGGUACACUGAUCCUGUGAACGAGUGCGGCUGGGCAAAGAAGCGGCUCCCUCGUCUUCGUUUUGUCCAGCACGACAAGCCCGACGCUUUUGGUUUCGUAAACCCUGCAGACGUUAUUCGCGGGAUUCACAUCAUUCCGGCAUUUUACUACGGUCGUACAUCCUUGAUCCUGCCCAAUCCCUCCUUGGCUCGUGCAUGCGGUCGAGAUGCGGAAGUUGAAGAAGACGACUGGGAGUUCGCUUAUGUGAACAUGUUUGUGGAUCGUGAUAUGGUGAUGCGCUUCCGUGGCGGAGGUAUCGGCCACCGCAGCACC